CAAUCCUGUCCGAUGGGUUGGUUAGAACAGAAAGGGACGUUCCAGCCCAUGUUUGGAAAUGUUUACUCUGGGGCGCUAUCUGUCAGACAGAAGCCUCUAGAUUGCACUCCAGAGACCAUCUAGUAGUGUACCGUAAGGUGUCCAUUGGAAUUGAAUCUGGAGGGAGUUCAUUAUACUAACUAACCAUGGCUCAAGCGAAAAUCCACCACGCUAAGAUGACUGAAGCGGCUAAAGGAAAAUUCAGCAGAUCAAUGUCUAUGGCAGAUCGCUCUGGACAACUACUUGAAAGUUUGGACCAGCUGGAAAUAAGGGUGGAGGCUUUACGUGAAGUCGCAACUUCAAUGGAACAGGAGAGAGAGUGCUUACUGGAUUUGAUACAAUCCAUAAAGAACAGUGAAGAAAUGCGCAGCAUUUGUGACGGAGAGCGAGAGGAACUAUCUUUAACUGCUAAUCGUCUUCUGGGUAGGACGCUAACAGUUGAAAUCUCAGUGGAAACCAUAAGGAACUCCACACAGGAGGAUGCGUUACACAAGGCUACCUCUUUGAUUGAUGAGAUUGCAGCAAAGUUGCUUGACGACAUGGAUGGUGCCAGAAAGCGCCUGAUGGCACUGCACGCUGCCUGUGUGACCGAAGCACCACCUGUUCCUAUCGAUACAAAAUUCCAGACGAUCGUCAUCACCUGCGCCUUGGAAGAUCAGAAGAAAAUUAAGAAGCGGCUUGAAACUCUGAUAAGAAAUGUGUAUAAUGCUGAGAAGAAUAUAAAGAUAAUGGAUCAUCAGAAAGUGGAUGACUUAAACAGUGCCAAUGGCAGCAAAUGAUGGCACUCAUACUGAUUACCCCCCCUAAUAAAAAUAACUAGCAAUGCCAACAUUAGCUAGCUAAAAUCCAGUGGUCUCACCUUAAUCUUAGCUAGCUAGCUAACGUUAUACUGCAUCUAAAAUCAAUCUGGUAACAAAAGGUUUUCCUACUAAUUAUUUUCCUCCUUUAGAAAUGUAAUUGUAUUUCCAAGACACAGUAAUGCACUUUAGACUAAAUCUUAAUCGACGCCCAAUCAGAAGACAUGAGUAGAAUGCUGAAGGACACCUAAAACGAACGCUCAAAACAAUAUUGAGACGAGACGUGCCACCGAUGAUACUAACACUGUCACAUUCAAACAGUCACUACAAAUUGCAUAUCAAAUUAUUGCACAGUCACAUUUUUCUUUUCUGAAUGUGAAGUUACCUGCACACUGCCUUAUCUAGUUGCAAUAAACACAGGCUGUCACUCAUUUAGGCAUUUCAAAAUGCAUCUAAAUUGUUUUUGUUUAAUCAUCUUAGUAUGACCACUUACAUCUUAAGUGUUCAUCCUUGACAUUGGUAUCUAUUGACACAUGUUUUGCUACUCUCAGAUCAUUACAGUAAUCCUGGAUUAUAGGUCACAACUUCACUCAAAACAGAAGGUUCAUAUCUUUAUGUAGGGAUGUGUUAGGUACGUAUAUAAUUGUGAACAACCACUCCAGAAAUAGCCAAAGUAACGGUAUCUGUGAGAGCUCUUUGCUGUGGUCACAGACAUCAUUAGAGACAAUGUACUAUGUCAAUACAUCAUAAAUAGGCAUUUCACAUGCAGGUGCAAAGUGAGCAACAUGCACAGCACAUGCAUAUAUGUAAUACUAGGCAGCCAUUUUAGAUGUCCAUUAACACACACAUUUAGGUUUUUCAAAGCAAGUCACUGAUGUUUUGAAUAAAUAUGAUUUAUGUAUUCCACUUGCUGAAAGACAUUGUUAUUCUACAAUCUUUGGGGGAUGGUCUCAUUGCAAUGUUUCUACCUGUAAUUCUAACAAACCAAACACAAUUGAAAAGGUGGCUAAAACAAACAAACAUUUUAAGUGUAGCUAAUACGUUCCUAUUUUUUAAUGCUUCAUUUAACAUUUUACAAUAAAACUGUGUACAUUAUGA